UGAGCUCGCGCCUCGCAAACAUGUCUCGACCGAUUUUAUCUACACAUGUUCUGGAUACCAGUACCGGGAAACCGGCUAAUGGUUUAAUUGUAAAAUUAUUUAAAAAACGUGACGACUCUUGUUGGACUUUGUGGCACAAUACAGUGACAUCUAGCGACGGCAGAAUACAAUUCCCGUUUUCAAAAGACUUCAUGGCCGUCGGAAUUUACAAAUUGAGGUUUAAUGUCGGAGACUAUUAUAAUAAUUUGAAUAAGGAAACCCUUUACCCUAUUGUUGAGAUCGUGUUUAACACAAAAGAGGACGAACAUUACCACAUACCGUUGUUGCUCAGCCCUUACGGAUACUCUACCUACAGGGGAAGCUAACUAAAAUCCUAAAAUUUUACAGAAAUCUAACUAUACGUAAAGCAUUGUAUAUGUAAUAAUAAACAAUUUUUGGCUA